ACUCUGAUCCCCAGGCAGGGAUCGCAGGUGAUGACCCCGUAGGGCUGCCACUCUUGCCUUAGCAGGGACCUUGCUCUUGGGGCUGGAGGUGUAAACAGUGGCCUCAGAGGCCCUGGGCUGUUGCCAAGGUGACUGGGCAGCCUGGGAGGCAGCUCCGUCCGGGUUUGGAGGCAACCAGCUGCAGCUUGGAGGAAGCUGGAGCCUGGGAGCCCAGCAGGAGGGGGAGGCAGUCCCCGGAGGGACAAGCAGCAGGCACGGUGGGCAGAUUAUAUCAGUGGGCACCAUGAGCGGCAGGAAGCGGAGCUUCACCUUUGGAGCCUAUGGCGGGUUGGACAAGUCCUUUGUGUGCAACCAGAACCCGUGGAGGAGUGAUGGGCAGAGCCAGCCCUUCCCUCAUGCAUUAGACCUGCCCCGAGUGGACUCUGCUCCUCCCCACGCAGCUUCCCUCUAUCCCAAGAACUCAGACUUGUUUGAGAUGAUUGAGAAGAUGCAGGGAAGCAGGAUGGAUGAACAAAGAUGCUCCUUCCCACCUCCUCUCAAAACAGAAGAGGAUUACAUCCCAUAUCCCAGUGUCCACGAGGUCCUGGGGCGUGAAGGGCCCUUCCCCCUCAUCCUGCUGCCCCAGUUUGGAGGCUAUUGGAUCGAGGGCACCAAUCAUGAGCUCAGCAGCAUUCCAGAGACGGAACAGCUCCAGUCCCCCACGUCCAAAGUGAAGCUGGAGUGUAACCACACUGCCCGGCUCUACCGCAAGUAUUUCUUAGGCAAGGAACACUUCAACUACUAUGCCCUGGACACUGCCCUGGGCCACCUGGUGUUCUCACUCAGGUAUGAUGUCAUCGGGGAUCAAGAACACCUCAGAUUGCUGCUCAGGACGAAGUGUAGGACCUACCAUGACGUCAUCCCCAUCUCCUGCCUCACAGAAUUCCCCAACGUUGUCCAGAUGGCAAAGCUGGUGUGUGAGGAUGUGAAUGUGGAUCGAUUCUACCCAGUGCUUUACCCCAAGGCCUCCCGCCUCAUUGUCACCUUCGAUGAACACGUCAUCAGCGAUAACUUCAAGUUUGGGGUCAUUUACCAGAAACUCGGGCAGACCUCUGAGGAGGAGUUGUUUAGCACCAACGAGGAGAGCCCUGCUUUCGUGGAGUUCCUAGAAUUCUUGGGUCAGAAGGUCAAACUACAGGACUUUAAGGGGUUCCGGGGUGGCCUGGAUGUGACUCAUGGGCAGACGGGGACAGAGUCGGUCUACUGCAACUUUCGAAACAAGGAGAUUAUGUUCCACGUGUCCACCAAACUGCCCUACACAGAGGGGGAUGCCCAGCAGUUACAGAGGAAGCGGCACAUUGGGAAUGACAUCGUGGCCGUGGUCUUCCAGGAUGAGAACACGCCCUUUGUGCCCGACAUGAUUGCUUCCAACUUCCUCCACGCCUAUGUGGUGGUGCAGGCGGAAGAUGCUGGCCCCGAUGGGCCCCUUUACAAGGUGUCUGUUACUGCCAGGGAUGACGUGCCCUUCUUUGGGCCUCCACUUCCAGACCCUGCUGUCUUCAGGAAGGGCCCUGAAUUCCAGGAAUUCUUGCUGACAAAGCUGAUAAAUGCAGAAUACGCCUGCUACAAGGCAGAGAAGUUUGCCAAACUGGAGGAGCGGACCAGGGCUGCCCUCCUUGAGACCCUCUACGAGGAGCUGCACAUUCACAGCCAGUCCAUGAUGGGCCUGGGGGGAGAUGACGACAAGAUGGAGAAUGGAGGAGGGGGCAGUGGUGGCUUCUUUGAGUCUUUCAAGCGUGUGAUCCGAAGUCGCAGCCAGUCUAUGGAUGCCAUGGGCCUCAGCAACAAAAAGGCAAACACAGUAUCCACUAGCCACAGUGGCAGCUUUGGCCCCAACAACCCAGACUUGGCGAAAGCAGCUGGCAUAUCAUUGCUUGUCCCGGGGAAAAACUCCAGUAGAUUCGGACGUCGGGGCAGCGCCAUAGGCAUAGGAACCAUAGAAGAGUCGCUGAUCGUGCCUGGGAAGAGCCCCACCAGGAAGAAGUCUGGCCCCUUCAGCUCCCGUCGGAGUAGCGCCAUAGGCAUUGAGAACAUCCAGGAGGUACAGGAGAAGAGACUCGAUGCUGAGUCACCCCGCUGUCCCCGUGUGCCCCAAAGAGAGAGCCCUCCUGCUGGCCAGAAGACCCCCGACAGUGGACAUGUCUCCCAGGAGCCCAAGUCAGAGAAUUCGUCCAAUCAGAGCUCCCCGGAGAUGCCCACCACCAAAAACAGGGCAGAGAUGGCCAUCCAGAAGGCUGAGGCGCUGAAGGAUUUCUCCCGGUCAUCCUCUAGUGCCAGCAGUUUCGCCAGCGUGGUGGAAGAGACAGAAGGUGCCAACGAGGAUGACAUGGGCAUGGAAAGCGCGUCCUCCUCUGGGAUGCCACACAAGAGAGACUCCUUCAUCUACAGUACUUGGCUAGAGGACAGUGUCAGUACCACCAGUGGGGGAAGCUCACCAGGCCCCUCUCGGUCACCACAGCCAGAUGCCAGGAAAUCAGGGGACCCUACCUGUCCAGAGAUUAAGAUCCAGCUGGAGGCACCUGAGCAGCAGCAGCAGCACACACCCCAAUUUGGGCUGCUAGCCCUCCCAGCCAGGCCUCCAUGGAUAGGACAUCCCAGACCCUGUGGCAGAAGCACAAGCUGAGAUCGCUGCUGCGGAGCAUAGACAGCGAUUCUGCCCUUCUCGCCACGGCCAGCCUGCUGGACUGGCCUCUUUGCCCUCUUUGUGCCCUCCCCUUGCCCAGGACCACAGCUCUGCAGGGCGGAGCCUCCUGGGUCUCAGGGCCAGGCCUGGGGGCCCUCUGUGCCCCCUGAAUGCACAGGGGUCCUAUGAGCUGCUUGCCCCAUUCCCAGGAAAACUACGGGCAUUGUGCCUGCCAAGGGGCACAGUGCCCACCCAGAGGACUAGCAGCCCCACCCAGGGCCCCUGGCACAGCCUGGACAGGUUGCUGCCACAGCUUCCAGCCUGAGCCCUGCUUCCUCCCCAUCCCCCCAGACCUUCCACCCCCUGGGGAUGACCUGGAUCCCUGCCCAACUGAGAAGAAACCAGGCCAGCACCUUUCUGGGCUGGGUACUUUCUGGGGCAUCUCAAAAGCAAGGAUCACCGAACACAGCUGCUCCUGCCAGAGUUCAAGACAGCUAUGGGGCUGGCAGGAUGCUGUGCCGGAGUGGAAGAAGCCCUGGGCCGGGGUCUAGUCCACAGCCUUCAUCCUGCUGUCUCCUACCUGUGUGAGCCAAGUCAUUUUUCUUCAGGCCUCAGUUUCUCCCUUGGUAAAAUGGGGGGAGGUUGGAUCAGACGGUCUAGAUCUUUUCCAUUGCAGAAUUCUGUCAUCCUCUGAGCCUGCUUAGGCGGGAAGCUUUGAGUUUCUAGCUGGCCAUCCUUCCUGUCCCCUUCCUUCUACUGAGUCAUGCCCAGAGCAGGUGCCCCCUUCCCCCCUCCAUCCAGGACCACAGGCUGCCCAAUCUUGCCCAUUAUUGACGCGCCAGGCUGUCAGUCAGGGGCCUCUACCUCGUGGGCCCUGUUCAGGCCACCAGGUUGAGGGGAGCCGAAUUAGGUGUACUCACUGGGCCGUCUUCCCCAGCCCCCACUCUCCUGCUUUAGUCCCUGCCAGCUUUCUAUCCUUCCCCUACUAGGCCUGUCCCAACAGGGUCCCUGCUCAGUUGCUGCCCACGGCUGAGAGCCUGGCACCAUUGCCUGGUGAAGAGCUCAGCUGGCCCACCUUGUUAACACACCCACCCCCGAGACACUGAGCAUCUAAUUUCACUUUCCCAUCCUAUCACUGUCCCCAGUCCCCUACCUCUGGUGUCUCUCAGUACAUCCUGGGAGGUGGGCAGGCUGACACUCCAUCCCCCUGCCCCGUGAUGGCUGGCAGGACCGGGCCAAGGCUGUGAACACUUGGCCCAGGGAGGGCUGGGACCCAGUGCUGCCUGUGGUUGGUGGCACCCACAGUUGGGGAGAUGGGGGAAGGGGUUCCUCUCCUCCUCAGCCCACUCCCCUGACCCCUGGAGGCUUCUGGGAGUUGGCGUGAUGGGGGAGCUAUCAUAUGUCCAUGUUGUGUGUUUUUGUCUGUGUUUUUUAAGGCCUCAGGCCCCAGGGCCUGACACCCAAGCCAAACACUUGUUUCUGAGACCGCGGUUGUGUGUGUAUCAGUGACAGGUGUACAAAAUAAAAGUUAUAUUUAUCACUAUUGUAA